GUGGUUCCGGUGUUCGAUUAAACGUCACCUGCAGCGGCUGCCAUUGCACUGUCCCGGCUAGUGUGAGUGGAGGUCGGUGAUAGAGACCAUAAUCAUGGCGGGUCGCAGAGCUGCAAUCAAGGCGGUGGACUGGUUGGCAUUUGCAGAAAGAGUUCCUCCGAAUCAGAGAGCUAUGUUUAAUGCGCUGAAGAUCCGCAGUGAUACCGUGGCUGCAAAAUUGACAUCUCUCCCUGAAAAACCUCCAGCAAUUGACUGGGCUGCUUACCGAGCCACAAUUGUCAAGGCAGGCUUGGUGGAUGAGUUUGAGAAAAAGUUUAAGGCUCUGAGUGUCCCAGAGCCCAAGGAUACCCAUUCUGAAAAGAUCAAUGCCCAGGAACAGGAAGCUAACAAAUCUGCUUUAUCCUUCAUUGACGAAUCUAAAGCCAGGGUGGCCCAUUAUGAGAAAGAGCUGACAAAAUUUAGGAACAUGAUUCCAUUUGAUCAGAUGACAAAUGAAGAUGUGAUGGAAGCUUUCCCUGAAACCAGGCUGGACAAAGAGAAAUAUGUCUACUGGCCACACAAGCCCAUUAGUGAACUUUAAGAAGCAGACACACCAACUUCUAUGUCAAUAAAUCCUCUGUAAAGACU